AUGGUCUUUGCAAGUCGUGCACUACAGGAUCACUGUGGAGGAGGAAGCAGUAAGACAGUAAUUCAGGUGAUGAAAAGAACUUGGAGACUUUUGUUCUCAAAUGAUGUAUGUGGAACAAGAAGUCAUGUAGUUACUGGGGAUCCUCAUCAUACCUUGAAUGUUAUGCUGAGAAUUGCUCAUGGGUGUUGGAUUGUUUCUUAUGAAUGGGUUCUGUGGUCUUUGGAACUGGGCCAUUGGAUUUCAGAAGAACCAUAUGAGCUUUCGUCCAGCUUUCCUGCAGCUCCUGCAAAAGGUUGUAUUGCAACUCUAUUCAUGUUCUUGGAAGAGCAUAUGAAACUGAAGUCCAUGACAAGGUUUCUACAGUGUAGGAUCACGGCCUACAGACCUGAUAAGAGGAAGCUCUCCAGCACAUUGUCAUAUUUGUAAGAGGGCGAGGGCCUGGGACCAUCAGAUUCUACCUUGCUGUAAAAUUGGAGGAAGAUUCAUAAUAGAAGAGCUUCCCAUCAUAUUAAGGUAAGACACGGGUUAUGUACUUGGCAUAACCCUGUGCCUAUUUUCAACAAACAGUAAAUACUGUAACAUGUUGUUCCAGAAUGACUGUGUAGACUCAAACUGUAUGCAAGACACAUUAUACGCUUGAGCCUUAAAUUGCUUUUCAGGCUUUUUUUUCAACUCAGUAGGGCUGUUUUUCUUUAGAUCAUUUUCAGUUGCUGUCUUGGCUACAAAUAUGGGGAAGGUAAAGGAAGAGCAUUUUCCAGAUUUUCUGCUCUGGAGUGAAGCAUUCCAGCUCAUUCACUCACAAAUCGGAAGUUUGUUCAGGGGAAGUUUCGCUAAGUAAGUAGCCCCCAGGAUUUAGAGAUAAGCCUAAAUCCAAGAUGAAUACAUGAAGUACGAAAGAUGCCAUGACUUUAAAUGUUCUGUGGAGCACACGUGGAUAAAACUAAACCAACAUCUAUGAUUCUGCAUUACAUUCUUUAAAUGUUAAGUUGAGCAAAUCCAGGAUUUUUAUCUUAACAGAUGUGGGGAGGGUAAAGGUUUUAGUUCAAGAAAUGAACAAUAUGGACCUGCUCUGAUUGUAGUCUAAUGUCUUGAUUCAUAUGAAAAUCAAGACACUUGGGAACCUGCUACAAGCUAACAGAUAUUUGACCUCUGUGAAGAGCCUGAUUGGUCCCUCUGCCACUUUUAAUGUGCACUUUAAGAAAUCUGGUGCUCUCCUCCCCCCACACUGAUGACUGAAUAUUUCUGAAUAACUUGAAAUUCACACCCACUUGAAAUGCUGACUUGGGAAUACACUUUUUUGGACACAUGCUUCAUCAUAUUUCAGCUGUACACAAAGAUAAGCACUUUAGAAGUUUGGAGGCAGAGCAUUUCCUCCUACAGAAGAGAAUUUAUAUUUUCCCUGACAUUGCCCAGGCAACACAGGCUUGAAUAAAAAAUUGACGCUAAAAGCAGAGUUCUCUAGUCUGGGAAUCAACACUGUUAUUUUAUUCCCAGCUACAUUCAGUAUCCUACUUGAAGAAGAGAAGAAUGUCUUUCAUAAGUCCAGGGAUGUUGAACAUAUGACCCAUAUAGAAGCUAUUGGAGGCCAUGAAGAUGCAAAGAAAAGAAUUUGAAGUUAUAGAAUGAUCGAACUGGAGAUUCACUUUGCCCUGAUUUUAUCCAGCCUUUCCUCCUUUUGUGCUUUCUUGCCUUUUUUCCCCCUCUGAUCUUAGUAGUGAUAUUGCAUGUCUAUUAUAUUUAGAGUGUUGUAUGAGAGACAGAAACCCAUAUUCUCUAAACAGUACUCUGCUGCACAGUAUCAUAGCUACUAUGUUACAGAAUCAGAUCUCUUCUGCCUUCCCAUUUGAAAUCUUUUGCAUACCUAGAACAGCAGUGGUGAGCCACACACAAACUAUGAAGCUAUAGAAAUCUCAUGGGAGAUAUGAGCCUGAAUCUACCCAGGCUAACAAGGGCUUUGCACCCAAGUCUUCAGUUCUCUGGAUACCUUUAUGAGGAUUAGUCAUACACUGACAUGCAAUCUAGAGCAUCUAAGUUAAAAGCACAGGUAAGCACGGAGACAGCAGAAGCAUGAAGACUCCUAAUAAAGGUUGCCUGAAUAUCCAACUGCAGUUUUUCAGGAGAUUAUAUCAUUAAUGAGGAUAGGUUUGUAUCUCUGAAAGUUUCUUCUAAUGCCUAAAUUAGAGCACUAAAGGCGUAAGUAAUCCAAAAGGUGACCACCCACUGAAUUCAAGAAAGGCUCUUUACUUCCUGCCAGACUAGCAGCAUCGUCCCUUACAUUUCCAACAUACGGGUAUGCAGUUCUGUUCUCCCUGUAUCUAAACCAACAAGGUAUGUGCUGAAGAGGUUUAGAAAGGGGCAGAAAAGUCAAAUCUACAAAGUGGUCUCUGUAUGAGAAGUGAUUGGACAAACUGGGAUUCUCCUGCCUGCAAAAGAGAUGGCUGAGAAAGCCAUGUUGCUUUUCACAUAAAAUACAAGUGAGCUAUGGAACUUCAACUGUGAACAUUAAAAGUUCAUAUGGAUUUAAAAACAACUGAUCUAGGAAUUGUUGGAGGCUGAACUAUUCUGUUGAGUGGCAUGGUAGCUCCCUUGAUCUUGAUGGAACCAAUUCCAGGCACUUCCUGGCCUUUUUGCUGCCAGGCAGCAGUUAUACAAGAUACCAUGAACCUUGCAAAACUAGCUGGAAGUGAUGGGUAUGAUGAUCUUCUAAAAUGGUUUGCAAUACAGCAGAGACAAAACAUCCUGAUGAUGACCCAUUAGAUAUGGUCAGGGCAGCAGAUAAAAUGUGUCUGUGACAGUUCAAGGAAGUUAAUGAGUGCUAACUCUGCUAUGGCUUCCUUUGUGACUGUCAGCCUGAAAUAGUGUGGGCUGAAAAUCUUAAGAAUACCCAUACUAAUUAACCAUCAUCUUUCCAACUCUGCAGGUAAGUCUGCAUUCAAAUAAUCUUAGCAAUCCAACUUUGUGGUCUCACCACUACUGCACCAAAUAAGACAUAUUUUCCCUUUUUUUAUGUUCUUCCUACACUGCUGAAAGACCAUGCCUUCCAAUAUCAACAACACAAACCUGUUUCUCUUCAUGGACCAGAGACUAGGAAAUGGGUACAUAACCGCAGGAAAUUACUAGAAAGUGGUCAGCUCUGCCUACUCUAACUCUCCUGACACAGCUGGCAUGAGCUGUUCUUUGUGGCAUGCAGUGAGUAGGAAAACUUGCUCACUUACAGGAACUCCCAAUACAGUUGCCAACCACCUCUGUGUCUGUAUUCAGAAAGAGAUCUGUGCCGCUGUCCCAGGGAAAGCUCAAAAUGGCAUAUUGCUCUCACCAUGCUGAGAUGCAAACAGCAGCCUGCCUUGUCAGUGACAUGCCAUGGCACCUUCUGCAAUGCCGUUCCUCGAUGGCUGACUUGAGACACGUCUUUUCAGAGGAGCUACCCAAAUUAACCUGCAGUGUAAGCCAUCCCACAGCACACAGGCCGUGGUAGGCUGGGCACCGGGCAGUCGUGCAAUACAAGCAAUAAGCAUCUGGCUGAGAAAUCACAACUGAGUGCUUUUUGCAUUUGUUGCUGUUCACAGGAAGUGUAUUUCUUCUAGCUGAGUGCUCAUAUUCAGUGCUACAGAUCAUGGUAUCUCACUCCUAAUGAAUUAGCCUCGGAAAGUUUUCCUGUCUGCUUCUUAGUUAUUUAUACAUUCCUGUAAUGGCUAAGAAUUAUUCAGUAUUUGAAAUAACAAUGCUUUUUUCUUUUUUUUUUUUUUGCCCUGGAGCCAUUUUGUUAGUGGCUAAUGGUAGCUAUUGAUUAAUACUACUCUUUAUAUCUAAAAUAAUACCCGAAUUCUUUCCAAUUAAUCAAAGAAUAGUGUUACAAUGAACUUAUGAAUAAAUAACUGAAGCUAAUAACGAUAACUUUUUGCUUUUGUAUUUUUGGCAGAAUUAGCUUCAGUUACUGAGGCAAGAAAAUCUUUGCUUUUUUCAAAUCAGGAACAAGUGCUCUGUUUUGUUGUAACUAAUACAAUUUAUUCACAUCAGUGGCCUUAUUUUUUUUCCAAUUCUGUCUUAGUUGCUGGACCCUCUAAAACCAGCAAUUCACUCAGAUGAUUACUACUUUACUCCCUAGUGAGACUAAACAUUCUUAAGCUACCUUCCAAAUGCAGACUUUCAGCUUCCAACACAGAGAAAAAAAUUGUGUACAAAUGUCCAAUCCCAAGUUAUACAAGGAAAGUACAAAUACAGGGGUCUCUCAGGAAAACUGGAUGGUGCAAAUCGAGUGUGGGAAAAUGCUGAGAGCUUCAGGUCACAGCUGACAUUUAAACUCAACACCUCUGCUUCUGCAGUGCUAUUACUGGUCAUCAGUGACGUAAAACACUGCUUCACAGUGGCUUUGAUAUUGAGAUAAUCUGUACAAUCAGCCACUGAAUACAGCUAUAUUUACAGGCUUAAUAAACUCUUUCUGCAGAAUAUCAAUAUGGGUGCCUACAACCAAUGUUUCUUUUUAACUUCCAUAGUUGUGCUUUUUUUGCAUGACCUGCACAAGAGAAGUACUAGCACCUGCCUCUUCAGAAGUGAUUUCCAUCCCAUUAUUAUUGUCCAUGAUUCAGGUAACUGAAUACCUGAAAACUGAUAGCUACAUUUCACAAGUUCGAAAAUUCCAAGCGAAACUAGUGAGGCAACUCACCUCCAUACUUUAUUUCUGCUUCACCAAAGAGGACCAGAUGUGCUUCACUUCAUCCUUGGCCAUUGCCUGUGGUAUCCUUAAUAAGGUGAAAGAACUAACUUUGAACUGAAACAGCACAAACUCUGUCUGUCCACUGCUCAUGCAGAACAUUCAGGUGGUGUGGUUUAUGGACAAAUGAUGUUAUUUAUUUUACAUCCUGAUUUUUUUAAAAUAUGUUGCUGCAAAACAUUUUUCUAUCUUUUAGAGAAAUAAAUGAGCUCAAGUUUUGAUGAAUUUGAGGUUUGUAAAAAAGGAGGCACAUUGCAAUAGGAGAAAUAAGUUUGAAAAUACCCUUUAGAAACACCCAGCAUUGUCAUAGAGAAUUCUUGAGUAAUAUACAUGUGGCUCCUAAUAACAUUGUAAAUGCCUGCAUUAUUGCCAAUAAAAGAAGCCAUCUGGUAGGUCUCCCUAUUAAAACAGAGGUUUAUCUGCAACCUUUUAAGUCUGGGGGUUUUUUUGCUGUGGGAUGUUGCUGAAUCAUUAAGAGAAUCAUGGCAGUGUUAAUAAAAUUAUUUAUGAAGUUAUCAAAAUGCCAGUUGUGAUAAAUUAGAUCCUAAAGUCAAGUCACUUCUAAAUUGGACUUUGACUUUGUUAAACCAACUUUAUCUCAACUUUGGUCAUCAGCCCUUCAUACUAUGAAGGGAGGUAAAAGCACGAGUGCAUCAAUCACAGAAUCACAGAAUAUGCUGAACUGGAUGGGAGCCACAAGGAUCUUUGAGUCCAACUCCUGGCCCUGCACAGGACCAUCCCCCAGAGUCACACCAUGUGCUUGAGAGUAUCAUCCAAAUGCUUCUUGAACUCUGUCAGGCUUGGUGCUGUGACCACUUCCCUGGGGAGCCUGUUCCGGUGUCAGAACACCCUCUGGGUGAAGAACCUUUUCCUAAUACCCAACCUAAACCUCUCCUGACACAACUUCAGGCUUGUCACUGGUCACCACAAAGAAGAGAUCAGUGCCUGCCCCUCCUCUUCCCCUCACAAGGAAGUUGUAACUGCAAUGAGGUCUCCCCUCAGUCUUCUCCAGGCUGAACAGACCAAGUGACCUCAGCUGCUCCUCAUACGGCUUCCUCUCAAGGCCCUUCACCAUCUUCAUUGCCCUCCUUUCGACACUCUCUAAUAGCUUUAUAUCUUUCUUACAUUGAGAUGCCCAAAACUGCACACAAUAUUCAAGGUGAGGCUGCCCCAGAGCAGAGCAGAGCAGGACAAUCCUCUCCCUCGACCAGCUGGUGAUAUUUUGCCUGAUGCCCCCCAGGACAUGGUUGGCCCUCCUGGCUGCCAGGGCACUGCUGACUUAUAUUCAACUUGCUGUCGAUCAGGACCCCCAGGUCCCUUUCCAUGGCACUACUUUCCAGCAUCUCAUUCCCCAAUCUGUAUGUAUAUAUGGGGUUGCCCCAUCCCAGGUGCAGGAUCUGGCACUUUCCCUUGUUGAACUUCAUAUGGUUGGUGAUUGACCAGCCCAAGGCUGAAGUCUGACCUGGGGGAGUAAUUCUGUGCACAUAUUGGCAUGUGAUUCCAGUGUCAUCUGUGAAACCUGUUAUACCUGAAGGAGGAGGUGGGGAGAAAAAAGGAUACCUUAUUUCAAAAUGGUGUUUUUACCCCAAGGAACCUCUUUCUUCACUCUGUGUCACUACAGAAAUAUAGUCAAGUUGGGGAAAGUAUGGUAAAAUAGAAGAAGAACAGGUAGGUAGUUAUGCACAUAUCCACCCCAUGCUUCUAUUCCCAGAGACUGCAGGCACAAGGUAAGAUAAUCUAGACACCCAAUGAAAACAUACUUGUCCAAAAGGCUGGAAGGACCAGUAAAAUCACUAGCAAGCAAAAAUCCAUUUUAAGUAAGAAGUUACUGCCUACCUUUAUUAGUGGCAUCACCACAUAGCAUCUCCUUGAUGACCCUAAAAGCAUGGCAAAAUGCAAGCCAUACAAGUUUUAAGGACACUUGCACAAAUUCAGGAUUAGGAAGGACCAAGGAGAAAAAUGGCCUAAAGAAAAAAUAAAAGACAACUCUCAUUUGAAAUGAGACAUUUAAAUCCAUUAUCAAAGAACAAAAAGUGAGUUUAUCUGAAGAUACUAAAAGAUUCUUCUUUCAGUACUUGAAAUAAUCCAUUUAUCAGUGAUACUAAUUGAAAGAUACACGUCAGGUAGCAUAAAAAGUGUUGGAUGGCAGGAGAGGGUUUUUAAAUAAUAAUAGUAAUGCUUUAUGGCAUUUGGGUUUGGGGAUUUUUAAAGAGAGUUGAUUUUGCAUGCAAACUUCAAUGAAGCACAGCAAUGGGAAGGAUGCAGCACUGUAAUUUCAUCUUUGACAUUAUGCUGGUUACGGUAGAAAAAGCUUCCCCUAAAAUGUUUGGUUACACUAAGAGUAUUGUUUAUAUGAUAUUUCUGUACUAAUGAGCUGCAUUUCAGCAUUUUUCUCAGGUUGUACAGAACAUGUUUGUUUAGAUGUCAUCUAAACCAGCAUCUGGUGGUUGUGUUCAACUGUCAGUAGAGUGGUAAAGAGAUAUUCCUACUGAGUUCUUCAAUCACUUAUGGCAAAUUCAGGCUUGUUCCAAACAAUUCUCACAAAAGCAUAAAAAGCUUUAGAGAUGAUUUAUUUUCGAAAUACAGUCAAGUCACCAAGGUGCUGUGACAACAGGGGGCCCUAACAAGGCCAAGGGACCAGCCCUGCAAUUCCAGCCCGUCACCAUCCACAUACAGGCAAUCCUAGUUGCUGGAGCUUCAGAGGGAGUUCAGCCAUGAACAUACAUAUAAUGCACCUAGUGAUACCUGGUGCCCUCUGAUGCCUGAGAGAGCUCACUGAAGAAAGAGUUCAUGCACACUUCCAAGCAUUU